AAUCAAACAAGGAAAAUAAGAAACAAGAACAACUAGGGUUUCGUUAACCUAGCUUGUUUUUUAUUUUUAUGUUCUAUGAAGAUAACAACUUUCAUCAUAAGAUCUUUAUCAUUGUUAUCUAUGAUCUAUCAAAUGCAAAGUCUUUUGACAUUGAUAGAUAUAUAAAUGAUACCUUUUGAACUUUUCUCAAGACACCAUUCCGUUUGAUUUUUUGCUAUCUUUCUUUCUAUUCAACAAAAUGAUUUCGCUAAGUUUCAUCGUUCGUCUAGCAAACCAGGAGAACAGACGAAACAGAAGGUACGAAACUAACAUUAAGGAUCGUCUUAUCUCGGGGGAGUUAUCGGACGGUAGCAGACCAGCCAGAGAUCAAAACGAUGUCCCGAGAGGGCAUCUUGCGGUCUAUGUGGGACGCGAAGAGAGGCAAAGGUUUGUGAUACCGACCAAGUAUCUUCAAUAUCCUGAAUUUAGGACUUUGAUGGAUGAAGUAGCGGACGAGUUUGGGUACGAUCAUGAAGGAGGGAUUCAUAUUCCUUGUGAAGAAAGUGUUUUUGAAGAGAUUUUGAUUAGAUACAUGUCUUGUGACAAGAAGAAAUAAGUGUACAUACAAUACAAAUAUAUAAAUCAUUUUUAAAAUA